AUCAACUCCAAGUCUAUAUCAAAGUCUUUGUUUCCUCAACAUGGCUUCAAAUAACCUUAUUAUUGCCAUUUCAGCUAUCGUUGUUACACUUUCAUUGCAAGGUGGUAACUAUAACGUCGUCGAAGCACAACUCACGACAAAUUUUUACUCAACCUCUUGCCCUAAUCUUCUCUCAACCGUCCGAUCAUCCGUUAAAUCCGCCGUUGACAGCCAGCCUCGAACGGGUGCAUCUAUCCUCCGUCUCUUCUUCCACGAUUGCUUCGUCAACGGAUGUGACGGUUCUAUUCUACUAGAUGACACAUCAAGCUUUACGGGAGAACAAAACGCGAACCCAAACCGCAAUUCUGCGCGUGGGUUUAAUGUGAUAGACAACAUUAAAACAGCUGUUGAAGCAGCAUGUCCCGGGGUUGUUUCUUGUGCUGAUAUCUUAGCCAUCGCAGCUAGAGACUCCGUCGUACUCCUUGGAGGGCCGAAUUGGAAUGUGAAGGUAGGAAGAAGAGAUGCAAGAACCGCGAGUCAAGCCGCUGCGAAUAAUAACAUUCCAGCUCCUACUUCGAGCUUGAGCCAACUUAUUAGUAGUUUCAGCGCCGUUGGACUCUCCACCAGAGACAUGGUUGCUCUCUCCGGUGCACACACGAUAGGGCAAUCCCGUUGCACGAACUUUCGAACAAGAGUCUACAACGAGACAAACAUCAACGCUGCCUUCGCCACCUUACGACAAAGAUCUUGUCCGAGAGCUACCGGGUCAGGGGACGGAAACCUAGCUCCACUUGACGUCAACUCGGCUAAUUCUUUCGACAACAGCUACUUCAAGAACCUUGUGGCACAGAGAGGUCUACUACAUUCCGACCAAGAGCUCUUCAACGGCGGCUCCACGGACUCCAUAGUCACUGGAUACAGCAACAACCCGUCGAGCUUCAGCUCCGACUUCACGGCGGCGAUGAUUAAGAUGGGUGAUAUCAGCCCCUUGACGGGUAGUAGCGGUGAGAUCCGGAAGGUUUGCGGGAGGACCAACUAAUUGAUCCAUCCACGUGUCGUCUUGUUGUUUGUUUUUGCAUUUUUCAUCUUUAAUUAAUUCAAGCGAAUAAUACUUUCAUAAUCUUCCACUAAAAAUUUGAAGAUUUGUUUUAAUGUGUGUUUUUUUUAUUUCCUUGUUUGUUUUAAAUUUAUGUUGAAGUGUGUAUUAUCUUCGCGUUAAAGUCUAAUGAAAUUAGCUUAUUGCGAUA